AUGACGGCUACACCUGAAACCAGGGACCAUGUGGUUCUUAUAGUUAAUGUAGCCUCUCAAUGAGGUUUCACCGCGAAGAACUACACUCAGCUGCAAAGUCUGCAUGCCAAAUAUGCUGAGUCGAAGGGUCUUCGCAUCCUGGGGUUCCCCUGCAACCAGUUUGGUGGGCAGGAACCAGGUACUGAAGCAGAGAUCAAGAAGUUUGUUGAAAAAUUUGACGUUCAGUUUGACAUGUUUUCCAAGAUCAAAGUCAAUGGGGGUGACGCAGAUCCACUGUGGAAGUAUCUCAAGCACAAACAAGGAGGAACUCUGAUUGAUGCAAUCAAGUGGAAUUUUACCAAAUUUCUAGUGGAUAAGAAAGGCCAGCCAGUGAAAAGAUAUGCUCCUAACACAGAACCUUUUACAGUGGAGAAAGAUUUUGAUGAAUACUUUUAGAAAAAGAUUCCAAAGAAGCCAUCCAUGACUUCCAGAGACUGAGUACCAAAAAUAUCAUCCCAUAAUCAUUUUUUUUUUUCAAUAAAUGAAAAGAAACAUUUAUAUUAAAAAAAAAAGAAAAAAAA